AGCGCGGCUGCUAAGCAUGAUGAAAUCUCGUGAUUUCUCUCAAUUUCAAGCACAAGAAGAUGGCAAUUCCUUUCCCACAUGGCCUAGACAAAAUACCUGAUGUGCAGGGAUACUUGGUAAUUAAUUCAGAUGGAGCAGUACUUGCUUCAUCAGGUGACCUUGAGAAUGAGGAAAAUAUUGCUGCAACCAUAACUAGGAUGCUUCAAACAGCAGCCAAAAUAGCAAUUUCAGGAGACAGAACUCAGACCAUGAAGAGAAUGUCAGUGUGCUAUAGAGACUUCACAUUGAUGGCAACUGUAUCAAAUCAGAAAAUAUAUGUUGUAAAGAGACCUUUGAAACAGGAAAGUGAAUAGAGAAUGAAUUAAAUGGUACAAGUAAAAGACAGAGUCACAGCCAUCUUCUGACAUUGAUCAAAGAUUAAGUCACCAAUGGACGUGAAAUCAUCAACAGAAAUUGGAUUUACCUGCUCAGGAAAAAUGCUCAAUCAAGAAACUUCUGGCUAGUUUAAUGAACUGAUAAAUUUUCACACAAUAAUUCUCGUUUUCCUCCCUUUUUUGGAUUUUUUCUUUUUCCUCUAAUCACAUCCACUUACAUCUGUAAGAGCAACUCAGCUUGUAAAUGUUGACUUAAGUAAAUCAUUCUCCUUGUUUGACAAUUGGCCCCUCGCUCAUGUUACAGUUAGGGUGAAAAUACAAAAUUAUGAAAUAUUUUCCUGUAUGGACUGUUAUUUAGAAUAAACUAAAGGUUAUUUAGCAAUGUUGAAAA